AUGUUCACCAAAACCGCUAUUGUUUUGGCUGCUGCCAACCUCGCCGCUGCCCACACCACCUUCCAGAGCUUCGUCAUUGGCGGAAAGGAUGCAGGCCACCACUUUGCUGUUCAGACUCCCUCCAACGGCAACAACCCCAUCCUCGAUGUCAGCUCGACUGCCAUGAUCUGCAACGGUGGCAAGGCUACCUCCGACGAGGUCGAGGUUGCCGCUGGCUCCACUGUUGGCAUGCAGUGGCACCACAACGACCCCCAGUCUUCUUCUGGCGACACUGAGGACCCAAUUGCCCCCUCCCACCACGGCCCUGUCAUGGUCUACAUCGCCAAGGCCGACACCAAGGGUCAGGGUGCCGUCUGGACCAAGAUUUGGGAGGAUGGUCUUCAGAAUGGCAAGUGGGGUGUUGACAGGUUCUACGACAACAAGGGUAUCAUCAACGUCAAGCUCCCCGAUCUCGAGGCCGGUAGCUACUGGAUCCGCCCUGAGAUGAUUGGUCUCCACGAGGCUUCCGCCGUUGGCAAGGCUCAGUUCUACAACGGCUGCGGUCAGAUCAAGGUCACUGGCAGCGGAAAGACUGCUCUCCCUGCCACUGGUGUCGACAUGACCAAGGCCUACAAGGCUACCGACCCCGGUGUCAAGUUUGACAUUUACAACAACCCUACCUCUUACACCAUCCCCGGUCCCCCUGUCUGGAACGGCGCUUCUGGCAGCGCACCUGCCACCCCCGCCAGCGGCUCUGGCUCUGGCUCUGGCUCUGGCUCUGGCUCUGGCUCUGGCUCUGGCUCCGGCUCUGGCUCUGGCUCUGGCUCUGGAUCUGGCUCCGCUCCUGCUCCUUCUCCUUCCCCAGUUGAGGAGUCUGCGCCAUCCACUCCUUCCGGUGGCAACUCUGCUCCCAGCACUCCCAACACUCCCUCGACCCCUUCUGGUGGCAACGGCUCUUCUCUCCCCAAGACCUUCACCAUCAGCCAGUUCAUCCAGUGGCUCCAGACCACCGCUGGCAGCUCUAACGCUCGCCGCCACGCCCGCUCUUUCAACUAA